GGCUGUCAUUGCUCAAUCAGCCUCUAGAUUAAUAACCGUCUCCUACUCUACGCUCAGCCUCCCGUUUUUGCCCGACGAUGGCUGCCACUCUCUCAGUCCGGCCCAACCGCUUCGCCGCCGGUUCACCCUACUCUCGGCCCCCGGCCCGUCGUCCCGUAUCAUCACACACUGGCAGGCCCGCCAAGAACGAACCAUGGCAAGGGGUGAGUACUGCUACCGUUAUACCCUCCCGGCGCACGCUAGUCCAAGCCGGUUCGAGAGCCGACGACUCGGCGCCGUCCGAGAAGUCCGUGGAGAACGCUCUCAAACUUCUUGGAGUCUCCGAGGGCGCUUCCUUUGAUGAAAUACUCCGCGCCAAGAAUUCGGUCCUCGCCGCUUGUAAGGACGACCAGGAGGCGAUUGCACAGGUUGAGGCUGCAUAUGAUAUGUUGCUUAUGCAAAGCUUAACUCAGCGGCGAGCUGGAAAAGUUGUGAGUAGUGGCAUCCGUUAUGCUGAUGUUAAGCCUGUAAGUGCUCCUAGGAUGGGAUCAAUGCCUCAGUGGUUGCAGGCUGCUGUGAAGAAUCCUCCUGUUUCAGUUGAAACACCAUCAAGCAGUGAUUUGGGAAUACAAGCUGGUGUUUAUGGGGCUUUAAUGGUCUUAACAUAUGUAAAUGGAACUUCAUCAUCUCUUGCAGCACCAUAUGCUGGGGCUGAUGUUCCCGGACUGAUCUUGGCUGGGAGUUUUGGAGCUUCCUUGUACUUCAUGACCAAACAAAAUGUUAAGUUAGGGAAGGCUACAGUAAUUACCAUAGGCGGGCUAGUGGCUGGUGCUGUGGUGGGAUCUGCAGUUGAGAGCUGGCUGCAGGUUGACAUUGUCCCAUUUCUUGGCAUAAACUCCCCUGCUGCUGUAAUAAGCGAAUUUAUACUCUUCUCUCAAUUCUUGGUCUCCCUGUGCCUAAGGUAAGGGGAAGAGAAGAUGGUAAUUGUAACUUACAUAGUGCAAUCUGUAAUUAUUCAUUUGCAUGGUCAUACCCGAGCUUUUUUAGGAUGUGUAUCAUCGCAUAUUGUACAAAACUGAAAAGAAUGUUGCGAAACUUGAAUCAAUUUAACAAUUUUCUCGCA